AUGAAAAUAAUUCAAGCAAACUUAUCAAGUGAUUGAAUACUAAAGAUAAUAAUGAAAUUUUGAAUAGUUUCUCAUGAAUAUUUCAUAUUAAGAAUUAUCAGAUUCAAAUUUUCAUAUUUUAUGCGUUUUAAGUUAUUUUCCAUAUACAAUUCUAUAAUUAUUUUCAUGCAAAAAGAAGAAUUCUCCAGAAAUGAUAUAAAUCAACUAUAUAAAUAUAAAAUCUUUUCCCAACACGUCAGCAAUCAUUCUUCAAAUUCAGCCCAAUUCAGUAUAAUGCCCCAGAAUCUCCAAGAAAACUUAUCAAAUCAUCCUCAAGCCCACGAAUAAAGAGAAAAGAAGAAGAGCUUAACUCAAUCAUCGGUUCCCUUGAAGGCAAGCCUACCAGGUAUCAUCGGAAUCGUAAGGUCACGAUUACUAAUUCUCGAGGAAAGCCUCAAAAAGUUGGCUUUUUCAAUUGGAUGAUAGGAAUACUAGGGUGUUCAAACUAG